CGGAGAUCUUCUCAUCUUGUUUUGGACAUUAAAAAGUUCAUCUGAUUCCAUUGAAAGAAAGAAGAAGAGUUUUUAUUUUGUUUUCAAUGUGAAUUGUGAUUGGCCCAUGUAAACGAUACGAUCCAAUCACCUCAAGGACUACUUUGAUGACUGACCUUUGGUUGGAAACGGGACUCUCCAUGAUUCUGGGGGAACAUCGGAUCCUGGAUGGUACCAGCUGACCCUCAAGGAGGGCUCGGGGCAUGGAGCCCCCCCUGAACUGUAGCGCCCUAUCAGAGAGUCACAUAGAGACGACAUUGGACAGAAUGGAGGCGCUGGGGGUCUUGCAGGAGUUGUGCCGCAUGUCAGGGGCCUCUGACAGAACACAGCUUUCCAUGGCAGUACAGGGAAUUCUGGGAUCUCUGCUCUCCUGUGGACUCCUCUUGUGUCUCUUCUUCAUCAUUUUCACCAUUCGCUUCCGGCAGAAUAGGAUAGUGAAGAUGUCCAGCCCCAACCUGAACCUCAUCAUCCUGCUGGGAAGUCUUCUUGUCUACAUCAGCGCAUUCCUAUUUGCCCUCCAGGAAUCCAUCUCCUCCAUACCGACUGUAAUUCAGGUGAGGAUCAGCUUCCUGUAUAUCGGGGUGUCUCUUGUGUUCGGUCCCUUGCUGGGGAAGAGCUGGAGACUGCAUCGAGUGUUCACACAUCGCAUCCCCGACAAACGAGUGAUUAUAAAGGACCUGACGCUGCUGGGUCUACAGGCCGCCCUGCUGUUCAUCGACGCCGUGCUGCUCCUGUCCUGGGUGUUGUCUGACCCCGUCCUUUGUGCCCAGAAUGUCAGCGCCAGCAUCAAGGCGGUGGAGCGAGAAACGCACUGCGCUGUGACCAGAACCCUCUCCUGCUCCUCCCUCUACCCAGAUUUCUGGGUCACCCUGUUGUUGGGCUUCAAGGGUGUUUUCCUGGUCUACGGAAGUUACUUGGCCGGCCUGACCAAGAACAUCAGCACCCCUCCGGUGAACCAGUCCCUGGUCAUCAUGGUUGGCGCCACCUUUGUGAUCGUGGGCACCGGGGUUGUGCUCUUAGUCACUCGAUUCUUCCACUCCUGGCCCAACUUGGUCUACGGGGUGACAUCCGGCAGCAUCCUCAUCUGUACCACCACCAUCAACUGCCUCGUCUUCAUCCCGCAGCUGCUGCAAUGGAGGCAGUUGAACGAGGAGCCCAGUCACACAAAUGUCCACAUGGCCAAAUAUUUCAACAGCCCCGGCAAAAGCAUGAGGUCGAUGUACAGCGAGGAGCAGAUCUACCACCUGCUGGGCGAAAACACGUCCAUGAGACGCCUGCUGACCGAGAAAACCGCAGCGAUCGACAGCCUACAGGAGCAAGUUACAAAUGCAAAGGAAAAGUUAAUGCAACUCCUAAAAUCAGAAUGCGGUGUAGAGAUCACAGAUGUGUCCAUGCUGUCCACGUCUACGCUGACCAUUCAGCAGCAAGUAGCUCCUGUCAGCGAGGCCACCAAUGAGCCAGAGAGCCAGGAACCUAGUGACAAGGUGAUGAACAACGACACAAAUCUGGACCAGUGUCCUGAUGAAGAAGGUGCUACAGAGUCAAACGAUGAAAACCCCCAGCCACUUACAGAAGAGCCCCUGGAAUCACAAGGCAAUGACCUCCAGCCCACUGAAUGCUCCACUCCAAAACCCGAGAUUGGAAUGCCCACAUGCUUCGUGGAGAGCACCUCAAAACCUAAGAGCGAGAGCGCUGAAAAAGGUGCAGAAGGCACGUGCGAAGCUUGGGACCGGUUAUCAAGGAAGAUGAACUAUGUGAGCACAGAGAAGUUGCAGGAGAUUCUCAGGGAACUCAGUGUUGAAACGUUGUCGAAAGGUUGCCAGAUAUCUCCUGGAAGGCAGCGGCGCGCAAGCUACAGCGUCCACAGGGAGCCAACGGGGCAUUCCACGGAAGGGUUCCGGAAGGUUAGCCUCAACUUUUCCCCAUCCAUGCCCCGAAGAAGGAGGGGGCUUGCCUACAGUCGUAGGAAUGCUGGACCUUCCCCGCAGGCCCACAAGGAAAUGCCCCAAGCAGACCAAUGGUUCAUUAACCAAGGUGCUAGAGACAGAUGUGAAGGUGCAAGCACACACAUGGAGGACACUCUAAAUAACUUGGGUGAGACGAGGCUGGAGGAAACUAUUGAUGAUCUUUCACAGCAUCUUCCCUCUUCUCCAGCCAAUAUUAUGGAACUAGGCGUUCAAAUGGAAGGAACGAGGGUCCACGAAAAUGGUGGUCUAUGGAUAUCCACUGUAUCAGACCCAACAAACUUUCCAGGGCGGCCUGGUCAUAUUGUAAACUGGAUUCAUGCGGGACAGGACACCUAUGGGCCAAUGAGGUUUCGAUCGGAGUCUCCAUUCUCCGAGUCGGACUCCAGUAGUAGUUCUGAAGAGACCUUUUGUCUCUGUCACCGGCCGUACUGCGAUGUAUGCUUUCCACAUAUGUGUGAGACCAGCGACACAGAAACAGAGUCCACCGAUUAUUUAAAAGAUUGGCCAACCCAUCUCACAGGUUCUCAGCUUGUUGUAAAUUUUAAAGAAGACCUACAACCAACCUUUGUUUGACGUAGAAGUAGUGUGCUUGCACUGUCCUGUCACUCCUUGGGUUAAGGUUACCAGACUUUCAAAAUUAGAUCCAGAGAAACCCUACUGACCACGCCUACAAAAACCACAAUCCCAUUUGUAGCUGCACCUACAAUUUCACAUGUCCUGAAAUACUUGGGAGUCAAAGGUCAGGAUUAAGUAACACCCAAAGUUCAGAGGUCAGGAUUAAGUAACACCCAGAGUUCAAAGGUCAGAAUUAAGUAACUCCCAGAGUUCAGGUGUCAGGAUGAAGUAACACAAAGACUUCAGGGGUCAGGAAUAAGUAACACACAGAGUCCAGAGGUCAGCUUUAGGUAAUGCCCAGAGUUCAGGGGUUCGGAUUAAGUAAUGCUCAGAGACCAAGGGUCAAGAUUAUGUAACUCCCAGAGUCCAAGGGACGGGAUUAAGUAACGCCCAUAAUUCAGGGGUCAGGAUUAAGUAACGUCCAGAGUACAGAGGUCAGGAUUAAGUAAUGCCCAGAGACCAAGGGUCAAGAUUAUGUAACUCCCAGAGUCCAAGGGACGGGAUUAAGUAACGCCCAUAAUUCAGGAGUCAGGAUUAAGUAACGUCCAGAGUACAGCGGUCAGGAUUAAGUAAUGCCCAGAGACCAAGGGUCAAGAUUGAGUAACACCCAGAGUCCAAGGGAUGGGAUUAAGUAACGCCCAGAAUUCAGGGGUCAGGAUUAAGUAACGUCCAGAGUACAGAGGUCAGGAUUAAGUAUUGCCCAGAGACCAAGGGUCAAGAUUAAGUAACACUCAGAGUUCAGGGGUCAGGAUUAAGCAAUGUCCAGAGACCAAGGGUCAAGAUUAAGUUACGCCCAGAGUCCAAGGGCUGGAAUUAAAGGGGUUGUAAACCCUUGUGUUUUUUCACCUAUGCAUGAAGGUGAAAAAACACCUUGCUAUGUCUGGCCCCCAAGCCCCCCCCUGUUUUACUUACCUGAGCCCCGAAUUUCCAGGGGUGUGAUCUUGCGUCGCUCUCCCCAUGGCUUCUCGGCUGUUCAUUGGAUAGAUUGAAAGCAGCGCAGCCAUUGGCUCCCGCUGCUGUCAAUAAAAUCCAAUGA